AUGAGGAAGAAGAUCGACUCGAGGGUGCGGACCCUCAUCGAGAACUGCGUGAAGACGCGGGAGCGGUCGUUUUUCGUCGUCGUUGGGGACAAGGGGAGAGACCAGGUGGUGAACCUGCACUACAUUCUCACGAGGGCCCAAGUGAAGGCGCGGCCGAGCGUACUAUGGUGCUACAAGAAGGAGCUGUACCUCAGCAGUCACAAGAAGAAGCGCAUGAACCAGAUCAAGAAGAUGGCCCAGCGGGGCCUCCUGGACCCCGAGAAGGAGGAUCCGUUCGCGCUGUUCGUCGCGGCGACCAACAUUCGCUACGCCUAUUACAACGAGACCCAGAAAAUCCUCGGAAACACCUUCGGAAUGUGCGUCCUGCAGGACUUCGAGGCCCUCACCCCCAACCUCCUCGCGCGCACGAUCGAGACCGUCGAAGGCGGGGGCGCCGUUGUCCUCCUCCUGUCGAACCUCGAAUCGCUCACGCAGCUCUAUUCCCUGACAAUGGACGUGCACGCGCGGCUGCGCACCGAGGCGCACGGCGACGUCGUCGGCCGCUUCAACGAGCGCCUCGUCCUCUCGCUCGCCAGCAAUCCCAACUGCCUCCUCGUCGACGACGAGCUCAACGUCCUCCCGACGUCGACGCUGGCGCGGCACAUCGCGGCGCUGCCGCCGGACCACGUCCCGGCGUGGCAGCAGCACUCGGCGGAGCUGCGGGAGCUCACGGACUCGCUCGCGGACGCGAAGCCCGCGGGCCCGCUCGUCGCGGGCGCCAGGACGAUGGAUCAGGCGCGCGCGGUGGUGACGUUCCUGGACGCGGCCGCGGAGAAGACGCUGCGGUCGACGGUGGCGCUGACGGCGGCGCGGGGGCGCGGGAAGUCCGCGGCGCUCGGGCUCGCGAUCGCCGGCGCGCUCGCGCUCGGCUACAGCAACAUCUUCGUGACGGCGCCGUCGCCGGAGAACCUGAAAACGCUGUUUGAGUUCGUCUUCAAGGGCCUCGACUCGCUCGAGUACAAGGAGCACCUCGACUACGACCUCGUGGAGUCGACCAACCCGGAGUGGGGCCGCUGCGUCGUCCGCGUCAACGUGUACAAGAAUCACCGACAGACGGUCCAGUACAUUCAGCCGCAGCACCACGCCAAGCUGGCACAGGCGGAGCUGCUGGUCAUCGACGAGGCGGCCGCGAUCCCGCUCCCGAUCGUCAAGGCGCUCCUGGGGCCGUACCUGGUGUUCCUGUGUUCGACUGUCAACGGGUACGAGGGCACAGGACGGUCCCUGUCUUUGAAGCUCAUUCAGCAGUUGAGGGAACAGGGCGCCAAGGUGCCGGCGGUCGGAGCCGACGGCGGGUCGUCAGGCCAGGGCGGCCGCACGCUGCGCGAGGUCUCGCUCACCGAGCCGAUCCGGUACGCGCCGGGCGACCAGGUCGAGAAGUGGCUCCACGAGCUCCUGUGCCUCAACGCCGCGGAGCACGUGCCACCCGCACCCCUCAAGCUGCCGCACCCGAACGAGUGCGAGCUCUUCUACGUCGAACGCGACACCCUCUUCUCCUACCACCGCGCGUCCGAGGCGCUCCUGCAGCGCAUGAUGGCGCUGUACGUGUCCUCGCACUACCGGAACACCCCCAACGACCUCGUCCUCAUGUCUGACGCGCCCGCGCACCGCCUGUUCGUGCUCCUGGGGCCCGUGGACCAGACCGACAACGCGCUCCCGGACGUCCUCUGCGUGAUUCAAGUCGCGCUCGAGGGCGCCAUCUCGCGGGACGCCGCCCGGGCCUCGCUCGCGCGCGGAACACUCCCCCAGGGGGAUCUGAUUCCGUGGACCAUUGGCCAGCAGUUCCAGGACCCGGAGUUCCCGGGACUGUCCGGGGCGCGGAUCGUGCGCAUCGCGGUGCACCCGGAGCUCAGCGGCGCGGGGUACGGCUCCCGCGCGAUGCAGCUCCUCGAGAAGUACUACCAGGGCGAGCUGGUCGGGCUCGGCGAGGACGACGCCCCCGGGGGGGUGUCCGCGAACGGCGCCGCCGCCGCGGAGCGCGGCAAGGCGGCGGGCGGCGGCGACCUGCACACCGAGAAGCUGAAGCCGCGGUCGGGCCUCCCGCCGCUGCUCACCGCGCUCCAGGACCGCGCCCCGGAGUCCCUCCAGUACCUGGGGGUGUCUUUCGGCCUGACGCAGCAGCUGUACAGCUUCUGGUCGCGCCGGGGGUUCCAGCCGGUGUACCUGCGGCAGACCGCGUCCGAGACGACGGGCGAGCACACCGUCGUGCUGAUCAAGCCGCUGAGGUCCGAGGAGGUGCUGGGCACGGAAUGGAUCGUGCCGUUCGCGUCGGAUUUCCGCGUGAGACUGACGUCGCUCCUCGCGGGCCCGUUCAGGCACCUGGCGCCCGCGCUCGCGCUGACGAUGCUCAGCCCGAAGACGACGUUCUCGGAGAGCGAGGUGGACGCGGUGAGGAAGGGCGCGGACGACAGCGCGCUGGUGGUGCGCGCGGACGCGGGGCCGCUGACGCCGCACGACCUGCGGCGGCUCGAGGCGUACACGAACAAUCUGGUGGACUACCACAUGGUGCUGGACCUCGUCCCGCCGCUCGCGCGGUCGUAUUUCGCGGGCAAGGUGCCCGCGACGCUGUCGUACGCGCAGGCCGCGAUUCUGCUGUCGAUGGGGCUGCAGAUGGGGACGGUGGACGACGCGCAGGCUGCGCUCGGGCUGCCUGACGGGCAGGUGCUCGCGCUGUUCAACAAGGCGCUUCGGAGGAUGUUCUCCCUUCUCAAGUCCACGAAAGAAGCCGCCGUGGAGAGGACGUUGCCGAAGCCGAAGAGGGCGGCGGAGGGCCGCGACGCGAUCGAGGAGGACCUGGACGACGAGCUGAACGACCACGCCGCGGCGCUGGCGAAGGAGGCGGCGGAGAAGCUCAAGGCGGAGGAUCUGAUGCAGUUUGCGAUUCGCGGGACGGACGCGGAGCUGGACGCGGCGGUCGGGGGCGCGCGGGGCGGCCUGAAGAGCGGGAAGCUCGUGUCGGUGGCGGGCGCGGCGCGGAAGGGCGAGGACGGCGACGCUGCGGCGGGGGCGGCGGUUGCCAUGUACAAGAAGAACAAGGACAAGAAGGACAAGGGACGGAGGAAGAGCGGGGAGGGGAGGACGCCGAGCAAGAAGCACAAGCGAUGA